UCUCUUGUUGUGUUGAACACAAGAGAAAAGGUGAAACCUAGUUAAUUCGUGGUCACUGAGAAAAACUUGUCAAGGAAAACAUACACUAAGAAGGGGAAAAAAUUGAUGUGAAGAAGAAAUUGAACCCUAGAGUUGAGAUUUGCAAUUUCACACUGUUGCUUUGAGAGUGGAGUUGAAUAGAGAGAUUUUGAGGUUUCAAAAAAUAAAGGGGCUCACGCCAAAAGCAUUAUUGCAUUUGCAUUUGCGUUUCAUUUCCCCGCCCAUAACAAAUCAAAAAAGCACUCCUAUUUUCCACUCAGACUUUCUCUCUCUCACUCUACAAUCCAUUGAGAAAAUUAACAGUAAAAGGAAAAGUUUGUUGGCAAAGAAGCAGAAUGAUGGAGGAAGAAGAAGACCAGCAGAAGCUUCCAGAUCUGGUGAAGGAGCUAGUUCACCGCUUGCUCUCCCAAAACCUCCCAUCCAAUUCCCCUCCUCUAAACCCUAACUCACCCGAAUUCCGCAACUCUCUCCGCUACGCCCUCCGCAUCCUCUCCAGCCGCCUCACUCCCUCCGUCGCUCCGGACGCCGCAGCCAUCGCCGACUCCAUCAAGCGCCGCCUCGCCACUCACGCUCGUUCCGCGGACGCCCUCUCCUUUGCCGACCUCUUCUCCAAAUUCGCCUCCAAAGCCCAAAGCGUCAACAACAAAUGGGCCGUCAUCUACCUCCUAAAAAUCAUCUCCGAAGAUCGCCACAAGACCGCCGCCAUCCCCGCCACCACCACACCUCUCUUGCCCAACCUCGCUUUCUCCGAACCCGCUUCGAACAAGGGCUGGAGCAACGGCGUUUUACUUGUCUCCAAGGAUCCCGAGAACCGCCGCGAAGUCGCGUUUCGGGAGUUCGUGAAUUUGGUCAAGGAAGAAAACGAGGUGUUGGAAGAGGUUAUCGUCAGGGACGUGCUCUAUGCUUGCCAGGGGGUCGAUGGUAGGUUUGUGAAAUUCGAGAGUGAUAGUAAGCGUUAUGUGAUACCCGAUUCGGUUAGGGUUCCGAGAGCCACUAGGAGUAUGGUUCAUAACCUUUGUGAAUUGGGUGUUUUGUUUCGGAAGGUUAGUGGUUACAUUUCGCAGAGUAUGGAUCGGUUUCCCAAUGAAGACGUGGGAACCGUGGGACAAGCUUUUUGUUCUGCUUUGCAGGAUGAGCUUAGUGAGUACUACAAGUUGUUGGCGGUUCUUGAGGCUCAGGCUUCGAACCCGAUUCCUCUGGUGUCCGAAUCUGCGAGUUCUGGGAACUAUCUAUCGCUGAGGAGAUUGGCGGUUUGGUUGGCUGAGCCGAUGGUGAAGAUGAGGCUGAUGGCGGAUUUGGUUGAGAAGUGUAGGGUUUUGCGCGGCGGGGCUAUGGCGGGGGCGAUUCAUUUGCACGCACAGCAUGGUGAUCCGAUGGUUCAUGAGUUUAUGAGGAGGUUGUUGCAGAGAGUGUGUUCUUCGCUGUUUGAGAUGGUGAGGAGAUGGGUUUUGGAAGGGGAGUUGGAGGAUAUAUUUUCUGAGUUUUUCAUUGUUGGGCAGCCUGUUAAAGCUGAAUCACUUUGGAGAGAAGGGUAUAGGCUUCAUCAUGCGAUGCUUCCUUCGUUCAUUCCGCCUUCACUUGCGCAGAGGAUCUUGAGGACUGGCAAGUCGAUUAAUUUUCUUCGCGUUUGUUGUGAGGAUCGCGGUUGGGCGGAUGCUGCGACUGAGGUUAUCACUGAUAAUGAAGUGACAGCAAGAAGAGGUGGUUUUGGGUAUGGGGAAACCGAUACCCUUGAGUUAUUGGUAGAUAAAGCUGCAAAAAGGAUCGACAAGCAUUUGUUGGAUGUGAUUUUCAAGAGGUACAAGUUCAAAGAACACUGUCUUGCAAUUAAGCAGUAUUUGUUGCUUGGCCAAGGUGAUUUUGUGCAGUAUCUUAUGGAUAUUGUGGGACCUGACCUUUCUGAGCCAGCUAACACUAUUAGCUCUUUCAAACUUUCGGGAUUGCUGGAAACUGCAAUUAGAGCAUCUAAUGCUCAGUAUGAGGAUCCUGACAUUUUGGAUAGGCUCAGGGUUAAAAUGAUGCCACAUGAGAGCGGUGAUAGAGGCUGGGAUGUAUUUUCGUUGGAAUAUGAUGCAAGGGUUCCACUUGAUACAGUGUUCACAGAGUCUGUGAUGGCAAGGUAUUUAAGAAUUUUUAAUUUUCUUUGGAAGCUUAAAAGAGUGGAACAUGCGCUUACUGGUGCCUGGAAAACCAUGAAACCAAACUGCAUUACUUCUAAUUCCUUUACAAGAUUGCAACAUGCAGUCAAGAUGCAGUUAGUUUCAACAUUGAGGCGCUGUCAGGUUCUUUGGGUUGAAAUUAAUCACUUCAUUUCAAACUUACAAUAUUAUAUAAUGUUUGAAGUGCUGGAGAUAUCAUGGUCAAAUUUUUUGGCGGAGAUUGAAAUAGCCAAGGAUCUUGAUGAUCUACUUGCAGCUCAUGAGAAAUAUCUACAUUCUAUUGUAGAGAAAUCUCUCCUUGGAGACCUUUCCCAGUCUCUUUACAAGUCACUACUUGUAAUAUUUGAUCUUAUAUUACGUUUUCGGAGCCGUGCAGAUCGAUUGUAUGAAGGUAUUCAUGAGUUACAAGCAAGAAUCACUGAAUCCUCCCUAUCCUCUCGAGACCAGAAUAAAACACGAUCACGAAAGCAGUUGAAUGAUAAAAAUGCAGAUACAGGAUCCUGGAUUGUUGAUGGGAGAAAAGCACUAACACAACGUGCUGGUGAAUUUCUACGAAAUAUGGGACAAGAUCUUGAUGCAAUUGCUAAGGAGUAUUCAUCAUUGCAAGAGGAAUUCAUUUCUCAGUUGCCUGUACAGCAGCAUGUUGAUCUAAAAUUUCUCUUUUUCCGUCUUGACUUCAACGAAUUUUACAGGCGGUUAUGUCCUAGCGUGUAGGAAAUUUGUGAAUAAGGUUGAGGGUCAGGCUGAGCAUUGUUUUCUCAUAAGGAUACGGCAUUGAAAGCUUUGCGACCAGCUAACUUCCAUUGUGUGUUUGAGUGGAACAAUUCUAUUGUUGCUAACUUCCUUUGGACCAAGCAUUCCAUGGGUCAUUAUUUGACCAUAGGUAGACACAUUUUGAGAUUUGCGAGAUUGUUUGUUGCAGAAAUGAAGCUAUUAAUAUUCGAUUGGAUGCACGAUGUGAGUAGUACAGACUACUUACAAAGAGAGCAUAUGAUAAGCCAAGUUGUCCAGAUGAGUAUUGGGAAAGUCGUAACUGAAGAAAGGAGUGUAAAUUGCAUAUAAUCAAGCAUCAAAUCAAGGAUAUGUACGAGGGAAUCAAAAUAGUACGCGGACAAAAGGCGGGGUUCAUAACAAAUUUUUCUGGUGACUAAAGGAUUAUAUCAACUCAAGGGUAAACUAGGAGUUCGUAUCCUUUUAGCGUGGUACCGAAUGUGUUUACCAGGCAUGCUCUUUUGAGAGAGAUGUGGACCAGGUGUCAAGUUUUAGAGGCACUUCUUUUGUUCAAGUGGUGGAAGUAAGGUGAAGUCUGUAGAAUGUAAGUUUAGCUACAGGCUCGUUAAUCCUAGCUGAGGUUAAAAUUGGAAAAGUGCAUUGAGUAUUAUUUGUAACAAAAAAAAAAACUAUUCAAGCAUAGGGGGAUAAUUUUCGAAUGAUGUUUUACGGUCUAUGUGGAAAAAGGGUCAAUAAGAAAAUGAGUGGGCAUACUAUUCAAAAUAGGAUUUAGAUGAAUGAAUUCUUGUGAGAAAGUUAAGUUAAUGCCUAUUUCAGAAGACAAUGGUAAAAAUGUGUGGAGAUUCGGGAGAAGACAAAUACAACCUUGAUUUGGUCAGAUAGGGUAAGCCCUACUGCCGGAUGUACAAGUACACAAGUAACCACUAGGUGAAAGUAAAACCAUUCAGAAAGAUUUAGAGAUCUUAGUAUUUUGUCUUUAUGUCUGAAACAUGAUUGAUAUAAAAUAUCAUGUCAACAUUUGAUCGAUGUAACCAGACAACCUCGUCGAAUAGAAAAAUGUCGAAUUGCUAUAUAAGAGCCAAAUUAGGUAAAUCCCAUUGAUAUCUACACGUGUUUCCUCUUUUAUUAGUUUGUCUCCUGUAUUUUGCUUUCACAAAACGUCAUAAUCUUUUACAUCAUAAUAACUUGUGUAAAUAAUAUCGUUCCCAAUCCUUUAAGUAAAAGGGAGGAAUAUUGACGGUAAAUGUCACCACCAAUUGAUAGAUACCUUGUAUGAAAUAACUACCUUACGAAAAGGUAGAACUGUAUUUGGAAUCGGAGAAUGUAAUCAAUAUAAACUUCGUUCUGUAAAACCUCAUUCUAUAUUUGUUUGACAUUGUGUUUCUAUAUAUUUUUUAGAUGAUGUCGGAAAAGAUUAGGAGUGAAAACUGUAAUUACGACUAUUUCAAGGUAAACUAAGAGGUGAAGGGUUGGAACUUGGUCUACCUUUCUUUCCUCCUAUGACUAUUCGUCAUUGUUACCAUUUUGGGGCUAUCACUUUCAGCCUUUAUAGAAAGGUGUAUUAUUUUUUAUGGUGUCACCAAAUAUUUGUCUGCCUUAAGUACACGUUCUCAAAUUUACCGAAUUUUUUACCAGCAGUAAUAGAUAUGACAUCAUCCUUAUUUUCUUCAGAAGGUAUCCCUUUAAUUCAUUUUCCUUUUUUUAGCAGUUUUUUUGUAGGUUUAGUUCAGUCCUAUUAUAAUGCGCCUAACAGUUUUGUUUGUUUGUACG